AUGUCUGCUGCUCAACCUACCAAGAAGACCAUCCGCUGGUUGCCCCUCGAGUCAAACCCAGAGGUCCUCGACAAGUAUGUCCGCGACCUUGGAGUCCCAGCCCCCUGGAGAUACGCUGAUGUCAUGGGUCUCGAUGAGGAAUUGUUGGCGUUUGUUCCUCAGCCAGUGCAUGCCGUUAUCCUCUUGUUUCCCUGCACGCCACAAUACGAGGAGUUCUGCAAGGAGGAGAGACAAAGGAUCGACAAGGAGGGUCAGAUCGUCAGUGACAAUAUUGUCUUCUACCCCCAGACCAUCUCCAACGCCUGCGGCACCAUGGGUGUCCUUCAUUCCAUCGUCAACAACUGGGCUCACGGAGGACAUCUGAAGCUGAAGGAAGGCAGUGUCAUCAAGAACUUUUUGGAGAAGACUGUCAGCUUGACGCCCGCUGAGCGUGCCACGGCCCUUGAGGAGGAUACCACCUUGGCUAGAGUCCACGAGAACCAUGCAUCGACCGGCCAGACCGCGACACCCGACUUGGCCGACAUUGUUGACUUGCAUUUCGUGUGCCUUGUUGAACGCGAUGGCCACCUCUACGAGCUCGAUGGAAACAAGCCAUACCCAAUCAACCAUGGUCCCAGCUCCAAGGACUCCUUCUUAUUUGAUGCCAUCAAGGUUGCAAAGAAGUUUGUUGAGCGCGACCCCGAGAACCUCCACUUUAGCGUGAUCGCCGCCACCACCGCUGAGGAAGACGACUACUAA